CGGUCGCUCCAGUUUGCCGCUGUAUGACAUUCUCCCAGAGAGUAGGAGGGCGCAAGAAGUGGGUAACAGUGUGUGUAGUAAUAGGUGAAAAAUGGUUGUUGCUAUAAGUAAUUAAACCCAAGGAUAGUAUUGAGGCUUAAAGCAAGUUAUUUGUGUGGAAAUGGAAGCAACUCUUUCUGACAGAAGACGUAUUUUUUGCAGAUAACGCUGGAAAUGCAUGAAACUGACUCUGACUUUUUUGUAAAGAUGCCUGACCAUGGCAGCUAUGGACAAUUAUGUAACAAGUACACAGCACAUAUACAGAUGAACCGAUGAAUGUUUCUCAGCAGCUCUCAAAUGGCACAAAUAUUGAAACUGGUGAAUACUCCAUUAAGCUUAAAUGCAAACACUACAGAAGCAUGGAUCCUUCUUCCCCAGGUGCAUGAGGAAUGCCUGUAGCAGAGAGAACAGGAGUGGUACAAGUUGCAUUUUGUAGACACUCAGAAGUCCUUGCAAGUCUCCCUUGCCAAAAAGAUGAGCUUUUGCAGCAAGAACUUGAACAAGAUUGUCCCCCAGGAAGGUGCAGCAACCUCUAAAGAUUACUCUCAGCACUUCAGGGUUAAUGGCUGGAGCUGGCCUCCUCACCCGUUACAGAUCCUUGCAUGGGCUGCAUAUAUGUUUUUGGCUGUGACAGGAUUUGGAGUCUUUGUCCCUCUUCUUCCACAUCAUUGGGUGCCUGCUGGAUAUAUAUGUACUGGAGUCAUGUUUGCUUGCCAUUUGAUUGUUCAUCUCUCUGCUGUGACCAUUAACCCUGCAGUUAAGAAUGUUAGAAUGAAAAGUUUCCGUGGUCCUGUCCCUGUAUUUGACCGCAGUAAACAUGCACAUGUUAUAGAGAACAAUCAUUGUGGUCUCUGUAACGUGUUUGUGAGUUCCAAGGCCAAACACUGUGGUGCCUGCAACAAGUGUGUGUCUGAUUUUGACCACCACUGCAAGUGGCUUAAUAACUGUGUGGGAAGCCGAAAUUACUGGUUCUUUCUAAACAGUGUUAUUACAGCUGUUCUUGGUGCCACUUUGGUUAGCAUCAUUGCCUUAUAUGUUUUGAUUGAAUACUUCAAUGAUCCACGGUUACUGAGAAGUGACAGCCACUUUGAAGUAACAGAGAAUAAUACAGACAUUUGGUAUGUCUUCCUGCCUGGUGCUCCUGUUCAGACUGCUGGUUAUUCCAUUGUGGUAUUGGCUUCAGUUACCCUUGUGCUGGGACUCCUUUUCAUUGCAUUUCUUGGACAUCUUCUGUGUUUUCACAUUUAUUUAAGGUGGAAUAGAUUAAGCACUUAUGAAUAUAUAAGGCGUCAACAUCAUCGGCAGCAAUUAAAAGAAAAAGAGAAGGACCGUAUAAUCAAUGAAUCAGUGCCUCCAAAACAGAGACCUUCACAGGAUGCCCCUUACCCUGGAAGCCUAGGCUACACAAAUCCAGAUGUCCAGGUGGAGGACUCCUCUGCUGCUACAACAUCAGGAAAAGACUUUCCGAAGCUUUAUGCCAAUGGUGCUUUAAAAAUGUCAGCUGACAAACAAGAAGAGGACCUUGAACCAGAUAUUUCAUUAGAUCAGCAACAAACCGAACCAAGAAAAGCUUCUCAGAAGAAGAGAAAGAAGGCUGUGCACAGAAUUCCAGGAGAGUCAAAGACAGUUCACGGAAUACCAGGAGAUCCGGACAAUGUGAGAAUAUUCAAUAGUAGAAGUCAUCAUGUUAUUCCUGCAUUGCAGUCAGAACAUUUGGCUACAUCCCAGAAUGUAAUUCCCAUCCCAGCAUUUCCACAAAGAACUCUGCCUCCAAAUUCACUUGCCCAGGCCGGUUCUGUACAGGCAGCAGGUCCUCCUGCUGAGUACCAUUCAGACUCUGCGGAAUCCAUGGAGGAAAUUCCAGUUGUCCAGACCCGUCUUGGAAGUGCCGCCAUGGUGAACUACAGCAGUCCUGUGUAUCAUGGUUCUAAAACAGUUGUGGGUGAUUCAUUCCAAAGCCUUGUUUAUGGGCCAUACCUCAGUUCUGAAUGUAUGCAGCAGCCUUCACCUACAUUUUUUAUGAAAAAGAAGAACUCUAGAAGACAUUCCAGCAUGGAUCAGAGGUUUGAACUCAUUUCAAAGCCACCAUCUGUGUAUGUUAGCAAAAGUAGUGGAGAACUUGCAGACUUGGAAAGUGUGCUAAAUCCUAGAGUAAGAGACGUUUAUUCUCAGCAGAAAGUGAAAAGGACUACUCACUGGUACUAGCAAGAGACAUUUUUUUCUCUCUGCAGUAUAGUUAAUCAUUAAAGACCAAGAAACAGCACAACAGCAGUAAGGCUUUCCCCUUACAGAGUAACCCAAAAUCAUGGUCCAUGGAACUGCUUUUGUCAACUGUUUUGUAUCUUAUUUCUUUAAACCUGAUUUUGCAAUGGUUGCUGCCACUGAAUGCCACAUGACCUUGGUUUAGGGUGACUAAUGAAAAACGUGCAUUUUUUUUUUUUUUUUACAGGGGGAGGAUACAGAGGAAAUCAGUCCUCUUUUUGAUUCUGCCUCUUACAGAGGCAACUUUUAUUUUAGAUAUAUCAUUGCUAUAUGUUCUGUUUUUGUUUUCUGGGGAAUUAAGUUUUUUACUUUUCUUCUCAGGGAACUCCACACUACAUUUAUAGAGUUAUUGAUAAGUAUUAUGGGUUCCCAGUUAUAGAUAAUUGUAUUUUUUUUGUAAUUUUCCUACUGUUACUGUCAUUCAGACCGCAACAUUUCAGCCCUAGAUAUGGAGCACUUCAGAGCUAUCAUGCACUGCAGUGUAGAAAAGAUGUAAAGUUUCUGGAUGUUUGUUUACACUACUUGUUCAUUAAUAACAUCCACAUGCUUAUCAACUGCUCUCAUUAAUGUAAACUUUUUUUUUACAUGUUUGUUAACUGAUUAACAUUCCGUAAGUGGACUGUGAGGUGAAAAUGAAAUCUGCAGUGAACAAAUAGAUGUUCUUCGUGUUUCACUGUUGCAGUCAUCACACUUGGAUUAUCUGCCUGCAGGUAGCCCUCA